CACCACCCGGGCGGCGCGGGCGCGGCGCAGCUGGCGCGGGACGUGGAGGCUGCGGCGGCCGGGCCCCCCUUCGCGCCAAUCAACCUGCACCUCACUACUCCUCCAGGCGGCGGCCCCGCGGCGGCGGCUGCGCGGCGCGGCGGCAGCCGCGGCGGGGGCGGGGUGGGAUUCGAUUUUCUAUGUGAACCGAUUUGGUUCCGACGGGACGCUGGACGAAUUGUCGCAGGAGGCCCUGGGCACCUGCAUGCGCAGCGAAGUCUGAGCGCCGCCGACGCCAGCGCAGCUCGACGCCAGCAGCGCCGCGGCGUGCGAAUCACGAACUCGAGUGAGCAGCGCUGGUGCGCCGCCACGCCGACGGAGAAUCAGCGCUGCUCCAUCGCUUCGUCCGCUAGCGUCGCCCAUCUCGGGAGUGAUCGGGAUCUGGAGCUGAUUGGCAGCGAGAAGAAAAAAAUUCGCUGCUCGCGCCGUCGCGUCGGCUGCAAACACUCUGCAAUAAUUCGUUCUCGGCAUGAAGACCAGUGAUAGGCAGUCACCGAGGUGACCAAUGCAGCUUUGAAGCUCAUACACGUCGCGAGAGAGUAGUGACAUUCUCCACGAUCGCUGCUCUGAAUACUAGCAUGCGAUUUAGAUAUCCAUGGAAGAUGAUUUUGGGUUCUUUGUUUUCAUAAAAAGUUUGUUUACACUCGUUUCGAAAUUUCAAGUAAUAUUAUGAUAAGUUACGACAAAUGAGAGUGAAUUAGCGAGCGUGUGAGUUAAGCAGAAUGGAAAUGUGCAUCCACGCUUAUGUUGCUGCUCUCAACGCCCGACCGAAGUGUUUCCUAUUGCUGAUCCUCAAGCUCCCCGCCAUGCUGUGUGGUAUCUGCUUGCUCUUAUACGUGAACGCUGUACAUACACUGCGAGUGCAUGCGACGAAAGCCCUUGAUUGCACCAACACUUACCACUUUACGUAUUUUCAAAUAAGCAUUUCAUCGUGCAGUGCUACAAAGAGAACAGUCCGAGAUGUGGGCCCACUUAAAGACAAAUGUCGUUCAAUGUAGGGAUGUCAAAUUAAACCAUUCACGAGCAAUUCUUGGGACAAACGAAGUUAAAGAUGACUGUAGGCAUGAAUCUCCCGUUUGAACUUUCACAUGAUUUCUUGAUACAUAUUAAAAGGUGUAAAUGAUCAAAAUGAAAAUUACAAAAUUUUGUUGGCUCUCUUUAGGAACUUCCUCAAGAAAUUUUGAAUAAACCUCCAAUGGUUAACGUUUUUCAUAAAUUAGAAGACCUUUGUUUUUUGUAUCUCCCAAGUUCAGUUCUUCUUUCUCUGCUUCCCUCCGAACCUAUAUCUUUGAUCUUCUAGUGGAUAAAGAAUGAAUGAUAUUAUAAUAACGAUAUGAUAAUCGAAGGUGUUCUUAGCUUUGUCAUCAGAGCCAGUGAUUGCUUUAAAAUUGUGACUCGAGGAGAAAUUUGACAUCCCGCGUUAACUCUGUUCAACGAACAUCGACUAUUUGUGUCAUUCCGCGAAUCACAUGGACAAUCUUAGAGGUUGUUCAGGGAAAAGAAUUCGAUGUUGAAGAAUGGAGUAAAAUCCACAUUUAAUAAACAAUGUAUUCUUUAAAUGUUUUACAAACUCUUAAAAUUGUAAAUUAUUUUUAAAGAUCAAAUUUCGGUUCAGAGUGAUGUUAAUAAUUAUACCUUAUCCAUUCAAUUUACUAACAAUAAUAUAUAUUAUUAAUUUCAAAUGCUUCCCAAACAAUAUAGUUAGUGAGCCAAUCAAUGUCUUCACUUAGCAUUGAAAUUAUUGAAAAUCUUCUUUGGUUGAUCAAGAUGUAAUACAUGAUUUACUGUUAAUAGUUUGCUUCAAAUUUCACACUUGUCGAAAAUAGAGUUAAACUAUGGUGGAUUCUCUGAACCUCUGCACUUAAGAAUAAAAAAGAUCACGGAACCAAUAAGCUACGCCCCUAAACGCGUUCUUUAAAUUUCUUUUGUAUUAAUCUGUAAGUAAGCCUAAUAAUGACCAAUUUCCUAAUCAUGAAUAAUAAUAAUUAAUCUAUGAACGAAACUUUUUGAAUGUUAUUAUUAACUUCUUUAAACGAAAUUAUACAAACAUGUAAGUAAUUUUGUCAUCUCAAUUUUUUUCUUGCAUAAUUGGCUUCUUAAUGGACCGUAUUCGAACUUGAAAAAAGAAACGCCGGUUUGGGGACGAACUUCAUUGGCAAACAAUUGGUGGACAGUUGACUGCGCACUGUUCAACAACAACCAAAUGCACCUUUUAAAAUAUUUUCGGGCCGAAGGUACAUUUACCCUGAAAGUUUAAUGGCCAAUGUUCAAAACAGAGUAAAGGAAAAUAAUUGCCUCUCAAAAGUUUAAUCUUCAAAACAUGAUUUGAAUUCCCCAUUUUUUCUCUCUGAUUGUAAACAUUGACAUUUUCCAUUAUACGUUCAUAAUUCGAUAAUCGUAUUAAGAGAUGUAAGAAAUUGGAAGUAACACAUUUUGGAGCAAAUUUGGUUCCUUUAGCUUCCACGGUUCAGACAUAAUUCUUAGUAUUUUAAAAUAUUUUGCUUUGUAAAUGGCUGACGUAAUUAGCCACAAAUACUUCAAUUUUCCUCAAUAUCUGGCGUGUACCGUGGAGUCUUAUUCUUUCACAAUUUAAUUUUUAACCUCCUACAUCGCAGUUACUCAGAAGAAAAUGAGCGCCGAGAAAAGAUGAAAUCAGCGCGCAUCAUGGCCAGAAACAAAAUUUUUACGCAAUUUGGGACUUAGGAAAUAGAAAACAAUAACGAGCCUGGAAAUUACGAGAAACUAAGAUUUAUAUUAAAGAAACCAUUUGUAACUGUUACGAACAUUCAUUAUGCUUCUAAAUUUAAUAUUUGUUUAAAAAAAGUAUGUAAUUCUAAAAUAACUUAAGUUUAAGUAUUUUAGUAUUGCAUUAUAUAGUUGUCUCGUUUUAAUUUGACUUUUUUAAUCAAUUUAGUUGUGAAGAAACGCGGUCUCUUUGAUCCAACCCUUAUUUAUCAGUCUGGACGUAUUUAUUAAGGACAGUUCUACCAAAAAUAGAAUUCAGUUCUUUGACCCGUUCUACAAAACCUCUAAGCUAUCAAUAUUGCAUGUGAAAUGACUGCUGCUCUUUUUAUAUUUUCCCUAAAUGUAUUUUAAUGUUCCAUUUGUUAAUUUUGGCCAGCAGUAGUGAAGUGGAGAAGAACGAGCUAUUCAGUGAGUUGGAGGCGUUGAUGCUUCCUUAUCACUGCAGUUUUGAGCUAUUAGCCCAUUUUGUAAGAUAUUUCCUUGUUAACCUACGCUGUACAUAAUAUGUUGUUUGUAAAUAAUGCGCAAUUAUAAAUAUC